CCAAAAUCACUCGCGAGAAGCCGUCCUUUUCCUCCUUCUUCUCAACCACCACCACCAUUGUCCGCUGCCUCCACAUCCUCGUCAUGCCUCGUGCCUCUCGUGUCAAACCUUCCGGCGACCUUGUGGCUGCUGCGCCCAAGAAGGCUCUUUACGAGAUAAAUGGGGCGAUGAUCCCACUGGUCCCCGGCAAAUGCCUCGUUCUCAAGGAGCGCAAGCGCGUUGACCUCCGCCUGUUGCCCUUCAACCCCGACAACGACGACUCGGAUAGCGACCCAGAUGAGCCCGUCACACGCAGCAGCAGGCGUCUGGCAGAGAAGGCGAUCAGCGACCCCGCCCUCCACGACUGGGCCUAUAGCUACGUGAGGCUCGUUGCGCCUGCCAUCGAAGGCGGGGCUGGAGCCUCGUCAUCGGGGGGCAUGCUGCUGGCCGACGGCGCGGUCGUUGUCAAGUACUUGCGCUGUCCGGGGGAGGUCAACGGGGCUCGGAUGCGCGAGAGAGUGCGUUACCCGGAGCUCAUCGCCGUCGAUACACAUGUCCUGGUCUGGGCCAAUAAAUUUCAUAGUGUACUGUGCGGUAUCAUCGACUUGGCUAUAUACGGGGAAUUGGUGAUGAAGAUACGCGAUGGCAGACCUGUUCCAUGUCAUCCACCCGUCGACAACAACGAUCUGACCUGCAGGUACCAUGUUCCAACAGCUCAAGACGACGUGCCCGUGGCUCGCGAGAUGAUGUGCAUGGCCGACAUGUGCACUCUUGGACAGGUUUGGAACACCAUGAUCACAGGCCAAAUCCGAUACUGCAUCCCCUGCGCCAAGUUCUUCCAUGCGGGAUGCCUCGAGGAGCAUGGGAGUCAGGUCACCGUCGCUGACAUGAAGGACCACCUGGACGACUGGAACCAAGGCCACCUCCACCACGUCCUACGCCCUGAUCGCCCAGCGGAGCGCCCUCCUGCGCCCUACAUCGGCUUCGGCGUCGACGCCGACGUCGACAAGGACAUCGAUGACACCGCGAGCGCGCUCGCCUGGUACGAGACGACCUGGGCAGAGCUCGCCUGCUUCCCGAUCCGCCGGCGCACGAACCCGGGCGAGGCGCCGCAGACGCUCGAGACGGUCAUCCUGCACGCGAUCAAGAUGGUGAAGGAUGGUCGUGGCGAGGAGAUUGUUCCCGAUCCCGCACAGUGGGUGCGCGAUCCGGAGGUCGGGGGUCCGCAGGCUGGGAUCCGUGCCACGAAGUAUCUUGUUGCGAAGGACCUGAGGAAGCUGCGCGGCGAGGACCGCUUCCGUCGCUUCACGUGCAUUGGGUGCAUGACCCAAAUCAUCUAAUGGUGUAUCGAACCGAUUCAAACGUGGCGCACCGCGUCGCCACCUACCUUCUGUCUUCUGUUGUUGUCGCACUGUCGUACAGGUCUUAUGCGGUGUAUUUGUUGUACUACUUUCGAAAUACAUAUCUUGGAGCAA